AUGUCUGGUCUAUUGCACAAGUUAAAGCAGGAGGUCCACGAGCUGAAGGACAAGCUGGAAGGGACCAAACUACAUGACGCAAAGAUCCACCUAACGCAUAAAAAACACCAGAUUGGCAAAUUUGCCAAUAUUUUCAACCCGGCACACCGGCACGACGAGGAGCACGAAAAGGCCUGCGACGAGAAGCGAACCAAGAUUUGCGAAUCCCACCGAUUUUCCUCCUUCUUCCCCGAGCGAGACGGAAACCUCAUCAAGUGGUAUGUCGAUGGCAGGGACUACUUUUGGGCCGUUUCCGAGGCUCUCGAGAAUGCCAAGGAGACCAUUUACAUUGCCGAUUGGUGGCUGUCGCCUGAGCUCUUCUUGCGCCGGCCGCCCUACUACAACCAGGAGUGGCGCCUUGACAGGGUGAUCAAACGCAAGGCUGAGCAGGGCGUCAAGAUAUACGUCCAAGUCUAUCGAGAGGUCGAGGCCGCACUGACAUGCAACUCGGCACACACGAAGCAUGCACUGCUGUCUCUCUGCCCUGAGGGCAGCCCAGGCUAUGGCAACAUCCAAGUCGGCCGCCACCCAGACCACAACGUCUUUGAGAAUGCUGCCGAUAUGACUUUCUACUGGGCACACCACGAGAAGUUCAUCGUCAUCGAUUACGCCAUGGCUUUCAUCGGCGGGCUGGAUCUUUGCUUCGGUCGCUGGGAUAACCACCAGCACCCCCUGGCCGAUGCCCAUCCCGAGGGUGUUGCAAACGAAGUUUGGCCCGGACAGGACUUCAACAACAACCGCAUCAUGGACUUUAAGAACGUAGAAGACUGGAAACAGAACGAACUCAGCAAGGUCGAGUACGGGCGCAUGCCAUGGCACGAUGUCGCCAUGGGUCUCAUCGGGCCCUGCGUGUACGACAUUGCCGAACAUUUUGUGCUACGCUGGAACUUUGUCAAGCGUGAAAAGUACAAGCGAGAUGAGCGCUAUGAUUGGCUUGAGCUUCGAGGCAGACAGGGAGACGACGAGGACCUGGUAGGAGUGCAGAGGCCGAAGCAUCCUGUUGGCGAAUACGUUCUGCACCCGCUAAGGCCCGUAGAGGAGAAGAACCUCAACAACCGCGGUACUAUUCACGCCCAGGUGGUACGAUCCAGCGAUGACUGGUCAAGCGGCAUCCUGAACGAGAAAUCCAUACAGAACGCCUACGUCAAAGUCAUAGAGGAGGCGCAGCACUACGUCUACAUCGAAAACCAGUUCUUCAUCACUGCGACCGGUGAUCAGCAGUCACCUAUCCACAACACCAUCGGCCGUGCAAUGGUCAAUGCGGUUCUCAGGGCUGCAAUGGAGGGCCGCAAGUUCCGCAUCAUUGUCCUAAUCCCAGCAGUACCGGGUUUUGCAGGUGAUCUGAGAGAAGAUGCCGCUACUGGCACGCGAGCCAUCAUGGACUAUCAGUACAAAUCAAUCUGUCGAGGCGAGCACUCGAUAUUCGAAGUCAUCAAGAAGGAGGGUGUCGAUCCGACAAAGUACAUCUUCUUCUUCAACUUGAGGUCCUACGACCGUCUUAACAAAACAUCGGGCAUCAAACAGCUAGAAGAAGAGUCCGGCGUUAGGUACCAGGACGUCCAGCGAGCAGAGGCAGAGGAGAUCAUGGGUUCGGCCGUGCAUGGUACCGCCGUGAAUGGUACUGCGGCAGCUCGGGACGGCCGAGACACUCACAUGGGACCUGAGGCGGAACAGUUGGGUCAAGGCGAGGCACAGGAUCAUCUAACAGCAGGGGGCGAGGCCGCGCUUGAAGCGAAACGCAAGUUCGAGGAGGUGCAGCGCAACAAGGAGCAAGAGAUCAAGUCUGCCCACUCUGUAGCUCACCAUGCCAUGGCUGGCACAGGCCCGCUGUCCUCGGAGCUGUGGGAGGGUGAGCCCAAGGAUGAGGUGGAGAACUGGAUCCAGGAGGAGCUUUACAUCCACGCCAAGCUGCUCAUCGCUGAUGACAGAAUCGUGAUAUGCGGGAGCAGCAACCUCAACGACCGCAGUCAGCAAGGUAACCACGAUAGCGAGCUGUCGAUUGUUAUGGAGGACACGCACAAGAUCCCAUCCACCAUGAAUGGCCAGCCGUUCGAGGCUGGUUACCAUGCCACCACGCUUCGGAGGUACCUAUGGAGGGAACAUCUAGGCUUACUGCCGCCGCAGGAGCAUGAUGCGAGCAAGGACCCUAAUGCACAGCCGCCUGGAGAAAACUCGCCGAAUGAUGUGCGCGAUGGCGAUGAGACUUGGAAGUUUGUUGAGGACCCGUUGGACGAUAAGCUGUGGGAGACCUGGACUGGUCAGGCAACACAAAACACGGACAUCUUUAGACACUUGUUCCACGCAGAUCCUGAUGACCAUGUCAAAACCUUUGACGACUACGAUCAUUUCCGACCAGCAAAGGGUAUCAAGCCCGGCCACAUUUUUGAUCGUUUCAUCCCACCCGAGGAUGUUAGGGAGAAGCUCGACAAGAUCAAGGGACACUUGGUGUGGAUGCCACUUGAGUUCCUUAGCGAGGCGGAGAUGGCAGAGACGGGGUUGCAGGUCAACCAGUGGACUGAGAGUAUCUACACGUAA